GCGCCUCGGGACACGAGAAGGCCGGCGGCCGAAGCAAAGCAUCUCCCGUCCGUCCCCUUCCCCACGCGCGCACAGCGUGCUAGCCAGGAGCAAGCACGGCACUAGCCACUAGCUAGAGCGCACGAGCGCGGGGAUGGAAUCCAGCCGGUGGCCGCGGUCGGCAAGGCAGCGCGGCGACAGGCCGAUUCCUUCCUUGCCGCUCGCCUUGCCCCCACACCCCUUUAACCGCACGCCACCUUACCCGAACCCAGCCAUGGUUGCCAAGCCGCCGCAGCCGCAGCAGCAGCAGAAGAAGAUCGAGGCGGAGGCAUGGACGACGCGUCCCUCGAGCACACGCCCACCUGGGUCGUGGCCGCCGUCUGCCUCGUCAUCGUCUCCGUCUCCCUCGCCGCCGAGCGCUUCCUCCACUACCUCGGCAAGGCAUUAAAACAUAAGCAGCAGAAAACAUUGUAUUCAGCUCUACAGAGACUAAAAGAAGAGUUAAUGCUUCUUGGAUUUAUUUCCUUCAUCCUGAGUCUCUCACAGAGUUUUAUUGUUCACAUCUGCAUUCCCGAAACCGCUACACAUUUCAUGCUUCCAUGCAAGAGAGAGAAUCACAAAGUUGUUGAAGAAGGUGCCAUAGUUUGCAAGAAAAAGGGUGAUGUCCCCUUUCUAUCACUGGAGGCAUUGCAUCAGCUGCACAUAUUCAUAUUUGUACUUGGCUUGGUCCAUGUGGUUUUCUGCGCUACAACAAUAUUUCUUGGUGGAGCGCAGAUAAGAAGAUGGAAGCAUUGGGAGACUGGAAUUCACCGAGAUAUACAAAAGAAACUUGAAGUACUGCAAACAGAUAUUGUAGGAAAUGCUACACCAUUGCAUGUUUUGCUACGCCGUAAUCACCAGCGUGAAUUGGUCAGUGAGCGAACAGAGGGAUUUUGGAAGCAGCUGGCUGUUGUGAGCUGGAUUAUUGCGUUCUCGAAGCAAUUUCAUGAUUCUGUGGGUAAAUCAGAUUAUGAAGCGCUUAGAUCAGCAUUCGUCUUAAUACACUACCCAAGCCACCCAAACUUUGAUUUCCACAAGUACAUGACCCGUGCCCUUGAGCAUGACUUUAAGAGGGUUGUUGGUAUCAGCUGGUACCUGUGGCUUUUUGUCAUCCUUUUCCUUUUGCUGAAUAUAAAUGGAUGGCACACAUACUUCUGGUUAGCUUUCUUGCCUCUAUUUCUCCUGCUUGUUGUUGGCGCAAAGCUGCAGCACAUUAUUACCCGAUUAGCUCAAGAGGCAGCGGCAUCGUUAGCAGAUAAAACAAACCAAGUCCCGAAUAUAAAGCCAUCCAAGGAGCAUUUCUGGUUUGGGAAACCUUCAAUUGUCCUUCAUUUGAUCCAUUUCAUCCUAUUCCAGAACGCCUUCGAGAUUGGUUUUUUCUUCUGGGUCUUGGUAACAUAUGGGUUCGAUUCAUGCAUCAUGGAGAAGAAGGCUUACGCCAUCUCCAGACUUGUUAUUGGUCUGAUCAUCCAGGUGGUGUGCAGCUACAUCACCCUGCCAUUAUACGCCAUCGUCACCCACAUGAGCGGAGACAUCAAGCUGCAAGCGCUGGGCUCGGGCCUCCACGAGUCCGUGGCGAACUGGGCCACGGGUGCCCGGAAGAGGGGCCGCUCGGAGACGAGCCUCCGGAACUCGCUCACCUUGAAGAAGACCGGCGCCACGGAUCCCGUCGCCGGCCGCGGCGACAGCGUCGAGAUCCCGGUGGCGCGGGCGCCCAACGAGCACUUCGGCAGCUCACGCAACAUGCUGGGGCCGGCGGUAGUUCCCGACCUGGACGAGAUCGUGUCCGUCGUGGACAACGACAGCCGGAGGUGAACGUGCAGAGGCGACAGGCUACACGCCGCGCCGGCAUGCCGUGCCGGUGCCAGCCGGGGACAUUGCUGGUGUCCGCCGGGGCUCUGUGCAUCUGGGCCGGGAGGGAGGACGUACCGCCUGGUUGCGCAGGCGGGCGCGCUCGUCUCGUGCACGCUGACGGACGCUACGCGCUGUAAUGUCACGGCUUCCCUGUAAACGGUACGACCGGACAGGACGCGUCUCCGGCCGGCUGUCGCGACAUGUCAUGUGAGACGCAUGCUACAAAGGUCGUUGGCCUCCCUCGUCGUUUCUGCGUGAUCCCUCCGUCGCUAGCGCUCGAUGCUGCUCAUGAGCGAGUGAAUGAUUUACAGGCAAAACCAUUUUUCCUUUGUCCUGAUCGGACACCCACGUCGUCCGUGCGGCACAGCAGCCCAACACUUCGGCCUUUCCCACGAAUGACUGACCACGGGGCUACGCCAUUCUUGUACUUCCUCCGUUCCUAUUCCUAAAUUUUUUUUUUAGAGAUUCAAAUAGACUACUACGUAGGAUUCAUUUAGACAUAUUUUAGAGUGUAAAUUCACUCAUUUUACUUUGUAUGUACUCAUUUGUUGAAAUCU